AUGCCCGACGAUGCCACACCGAGUUCAGCUGGGGGAGGUGCCUCCUCGUCAUCUUCCUCAGCUCCGCGUCCGAAACAGCCUCGUGCUGCCACAACCGGAACUGUCCGUUCGCGAACAAGCCCCCCUCCAGGCGAACACGAAGGCCGUCCUCCCACAAAACGUGCCAGAAAAGCCAUCAACUGCGAACCGUGCAGAAACAGCAAACUCAAGUGCGACAGGAAUAGACCUUGCUCAUCUUGCGUCUUGCGAGGCACUAUCGCUCUGUGCUACCAAGAUGCACGAGGUCACGAUCCCAGCGACGCUCAAGUCCGCGGAGAUGACCCUGCCUCUCGCAUAGACCCUCUCCAAGAAAUAAACCGUCUGCGCCACUCCGCCUCUCUCCUUGAAUCCUACUUCCUCGUCAACAACCGUGGAAACAUAUCCCUUCCUCCAAAUCUAAAGCGCCCAGCAGACCCACCAUCUGUAUCCCCAAAGAAGGAGCCAGCAGAGGCUGAUCUCUACGAGAAAGACAAUGCCCCAGGUAUGCUGGGAAGCCAGGGCCAUGGAUUAUAUGCAGGUCCUACCAGUGCAGUCACCCAUCUGUCAAUGAACGACAAUCGGCAGUCUGAAGAGUCUGGCGACCGCCAGGCAAGCCAGGAAGGCCAAGCGUCAGAGGAGCUCUUACCAUCCACUCAUGAAUACGACCGCGAUCUCCUCAACAACCUCCCCUCCCUUGAGACUAUCGAUGGCCUUGUCGACUACUACUUUGAGUACUGCAACUGGAUCUACCGCCACGUCAACCAAACCGCGUUUACGAACGCCUGGGCACGCUUUAAAACGGGCGCAUCGCCAGAUCGCAUCGUCCUCGCUACCGUAUGUCUUAUCAUGGCCGUUGCAGUGCACUACCUCCCGCCCCGCGAUCCACUCGUUGAAAAUUUGCAUGAGAGCCACGAGGAGCUCGGCCGCAAAUUUCACGAUGUCAUGCUCAUCGCGCUCAGUCGCCAUCGUGCAGAAUCAAGAGCAUAUAGUCUCGAACUUGUAGAAUUAUUACUGAUCCGAAGUCAUUAUCUCACGCUUGUAAAGACGGAUAGCGAAGAGGUAUGGACCGUCAGAGGUGAACUGAUUACUAUAGGAGUGGCGAUGGGUUUGCAUCGUGAUCCGUACAAGUGGCGAAUGUCCAAGGAGACGGCAGAGCGCAGACGGUGGGCAUGGUGGCACAUCAUCCUCCUCGAAAGAUGGCAAGCGUUCAUGUUCGGACGUCCCAUCACGAUCGCUUCGCAUCACUACGAUACCCUUUUACCCGCCCAAAAUGAAUCUUCCCGUCUUUAUCUUCCUAAUAUUGCUCUCUUCCGCCUCGCCCACAUCCUCGGCGACAUCAUGGACAACGCAGUCUCCCUCCGACCCGUUCCUUACGAAGCCGUUCAGGCUAAUGACCGUGCCCUCACUCAGUGGAUAGAUACCCUCCCGAAUGAGCUCAACCUCGACGAAUUCCGCAUCGCACGCAGCCUCGCUAGCCCAGAUUCAAGUGCACGACGCCUGGGCGUGCAGAGCGUCAUCAUCCGCACUUCAUUCUACCACAUCCGAUUUACACUACAUAGACCCUACGCCAGCGCUCCCCCACCCUCUAUCUCCCCUAGCAAGCCAACCGACAGCUCUUCAGCGACUCGCCAGGCUAUGUCCCUUGAGACCGCCGUCGGCGCUGCAGAUAAGCUGAUUACCCUCGUCGGUCAGGCGCGCCCCGACUUUCUCGCUAAUGUUUCUCUUGCUGUCCCGGGCCACAUGAAUUGGGGCCCGUUCCAUGUGUUUUCAGCUGCCAUGUUUUUCUCAUUUCAGCUUAUCGCGAACCCAGACCAGCCUGGCGCAUCCCUUUUCCGCGCCAACAUCCGCAAAGCCAUCUCCACCCUCGAUCUCUCCCGCACAGCGCCCCUCGCAGACAAAGCGUUCGACAUUCUACAAGCUCUUGCCCCUCUCUACUCUGCCGAAUUCCAGGACGAGCCGAGAGAGGAGAGGGAAAAGAAAAAAGCCAAAGUCUUGGGGAUGGUCAAGACGCUCGCCUUUCCUUAUCACGACGGCCCGAAAUACCCGCGAUCAUUGGGCGACUCGCCCAGCGCCGGCGUGUACGCGAGUUCACCUGCAACCUCCAAUUCGGUGAGUCCGCCUGGGAUGGGCACCAUGACAGGCUUGCCUCAGGGGCAACCAGGGUCGCAGGAAUUUGUCAACGUAACGUCCCAGCCACCGCCGUCGGGCAUGCAACGUCAGCACGGUCCGUCGCCUGGCUCGAUACACAUGCGUCCGGCGCCGGCUCAGUCGUCGUCGUCUCUGGCAACGUACGCUGCGCAAUCUGCACAUGCUCAGCCUCAUCCACCGCCUCCGCACAUGCAGGCUUCGGGCAUGGCAGCGCCGCAUCCACACUCGCACUCGCACCCACCCCCACAUUCGCAGUCUAUGCCUCCGCCUCCGCACCCUGCGUCUAUGCACAGCGGGUCCGUCUCGGCGUCUCCGCCCUCGCAUCCAUCGUAUCCCCAGCCAUCGCAAGCACAAGCACAGCAGAUGUAUGGUGACCCCACGCGGUAUCCAUACAUGUAUCCUUCGGAAGAUGAGGCAAUGUGGGGUCCGGCGCUUUCGCAAGCGGAGUGGGUGCGUUUUCUGGAUGCGAUGCAGCGGUCAGACGGGUCCAAUGGGCGAGGGCCAGGGCCAUAG